GAGAGAAUGGCUUUUGUGGUGUCGACUACGCAAGGCCGAUAUCGUUCAUGUUCUGAAUGGAAAAGAAGAAGAGUAACAGCGAACCACUAUUUAUUACAAGAUAAAGUGUAUAAGCCUACUUUUCAAGGCUCUCGUCUGUUAUGGCACCAACUUGGAUGCCCCACUUUUGCACUAUCCUUUUUUCAGAAAAAGGGAGGUGUACAUUCCUUCUGGCAGAGUGGGCUUUGGCAGAUGAAACCUUUUAUUACCUGUUGUGAUUCCAACUAUUUUUUUGACUAUGGAGAGCACAUCUCUGUUGAGUUGAAGCAGCUACAAGUGGUUUCCGGUGGUACCCACUGUUUAUUGGUAUUGUCAAGAACAGCAACAGACACUGUAGGACAAAGAUAUGACCAAUUGGCAAAGGAUUAUGAAGCCAGUCAGGAACCUUUUGUCGAACAUCUUGUUGAAAAGAGCCAUUCUGCUUUCAGUAAAGCUUCAGCUACAGGGUCUUCUUUUCCGAGAACUUCCCAUUCAUCUAGAGUAGUUCCAGUGUUCAUGUCUGUUGGUGAAAGUACGGAGUUGAUACAAACCAUUCAUCGACAGUCAGGACACAGUGUUAUUGGUCACCAUUGGUAUGGCUAUGGUUCCAAUGCUUUACUGAACUUUGCAAGACUAUUGUACUUUUUAAGAAAGGCGCUACAUAUGAUAGGGCUUGUUGAAAAUAUGGCAAAGAUUGGUCAGCCUAGAAAUAGUUUGAAACUCAUUCUGGCGCUGUUUAUGAGAAUUGUGAAUCAUACAAAGUAUCCUACUUUUCAAGCUUGUUUUUAUGAAUGGAUGGUCAAGGAUGUCGGGUUUGAAGUAGAGCAAGUAGUAUUGCACGGUGUGAAUUCAAAUGAUAUGAUAUCAGAUAUUCGGAAACAAGAGAAUACGAGUAGUGGUUCUCAGGUAUCAUCGUAUUCCAACUCGUUGAACCACGUCAACGGAGGAAGUUCAAAGAACAGCAAUAUUUAUGCAAGUUGUUGUCUUCCAGUAUCACGUCCAGACCAGUGGAUUCGAGCUCGUUUAUGUCUUUCGAAAGAUGGAAAACAAUUCUUUGUCAAUCUACCUCCCUGGGAUGCGUUAGGAUUAUCUUUCUUGGCAUCACUUCAAAUUCCCAUUUAUGUUCAUGCCUCUUUAUGGAUACGAGGUUCUACUAGCAAAGGUUAUAUUCCUUGCUAUGAUAGCCGAAUUGUAGUUGCACCUAUCAACAACAACAACAACAACAACAAUGAUAAAGAAAACACAACGCGUAGUUCCUCAUUGGAUGAAACCAUAAUGAAGAGUCAUUUGGAAGAAAGGAAAUGGAAUUCCACUCCAUCGAACACAUUCCCUCACAACAGUUUACCUUUUCGAGCACAAAGACACUCGAUACCAUUUCAUUCUCCAGAAAUACAUCAGAUCAUUCCAUUCAGGAGAUCCACUGAUCAGAAACCAAUGCGUUUUAUACCUUUUACUGACGAUGUUCGAUAUUCUCUCCGUGAGAUGCUUUUAGAGGGUCAAUUUAUGGAAGCGCAACAGUUGCUAUCUCAGCUACCAUCGUUGCAGUGGGAAUUGGAAAUAUUGGAUGCUAUAAGAAAGGAAGAUUAUCUUACGGCAAGUCGUUUACAAAGCAAAUUGAAAAUGAUAGUACAACUGGAGAAAAUCCUGUUGAGGAAAAAAGAAGGAGCUAGUCCUGAAGAAAAGAACAAGGAAAAAGAUUCAGAAGAGGACUGUGCGGAUGAAGAAGGCUCAAAGGAAGAAGAGAAAGAUUAGGUUUUCUGUUGUUCAUAUGUAAUAAAUGAAGAAUUUGGAAUUCAUUGAAAAAUGCAUUUGGCGCAAUUUUUCUGUUAUUGG